AUGUUUCUUUCCGCGCUGCUUGAGGGGCGCAGCCCCGCUGCUGCUGCUGCUGUUGCUGCUGCUGCAGCGGGGCCAGCAGCAGCUGCUGCUGCUCAUGCUGCAGCAGCAGCAAACCAGUGGGGCCUGGACCAAGGCGUUGGUGCUGCUGUCAAGCAGCAUUUGGAGCAGCAGCUGCAGCAGCGCCCCUCUUGGGAAGCAGUGCAGCAGCAAGUCUGCUGCGCCUCGGGGGCCGCUGCUGCAGCAGCAGCAGCAGGUGCUGCUGCGGCUGCUGCUGCGUGCAACGCUAAGCUGCAGCAGCAGCAGCAGCUAGAAGCCCUCCUGUGCAUGAUAGAACAGUUGCCAGAAGCAGAAGCAGACGCAGCACGGGAGAUGCUGCUGCUGCCACCCAAAUGCCGCAGCACCAGCAACAGCAGCAGGAGCAACAGCAGCAGCAGCAGCAGCAGCCAACUGACGCACGGAUGCGGCGAGCUGCAGCGACAGCAGCAGCUAUCUCAAGAGGCUCUAAAUCUGCUGCAGCAUUUGACUGUAGGCCAGCAGCAGCAGCAGCAGCAAGAUCAGCAGCAGCAGUCCGUGUCCGAGCUGCUGCAGCAGCUGCAGCAGCAGAAGCAGCAGGCGCAGGAGCAGCUGCAGCAGCUGCUGCUAGACGACUGCAGCAGCAGCAUGAACAACAAAGAGCAGCAACAGCAGCAGCAAGAAGAAGUGGAAGAGGCAGCGGAGUGCAUGCAGCAGCUGGGGUGCCUCGUGGGGGAGCUGCAGCAGCUGCAGCAGCAGUGUGCUGCGCCGCAGCAGGAACAGCGGCAGCAGCAAGACGACUUGCUGCUGCUGCAGCAGCUACAUGCUGCUGCUGAUGAGGCGCUGCUGCAGCGAAGAAAAGCUCUUUUCCUUGAGCAGCUAUCAGUGGCACUUCAGAUGCGGCAGCAGCAGCAGCUGCUGCUGCUGCUGCUGAUGAUUCUGGUGGCGUGGAGGGCCUCAGCAGCCAGGAGGCUGCGUUGCUCCUGCUGCUGCAGCAGCUAG